AUGCUGCUCCCGGCCCUGCUCUUCACGCUGGCCUGGACACGGGCCGGCGGGCGCUGGUGUGAGAGGACAGAGACCAUCUGGGUGGAGGAGUUGGUGUCACCCCUCCAGGAGGAGCUGGUGCCCUGCAUCAGCCUCUACCACUACUUCCAGCCUGGUUGGCGCCUGGGCCCACCCCCGAGGGCCCACGCUACACUCACCUCUGACCCCAGGCUCUGCCCCAUCUAGAGGCCCCCAGAAACACGGCCCGCCUUCCGGACCCGCACCGUGAGGACUUGCUGCCCAGGCUGGGGUGGUGCCCACUGUUCCCUGGCUCUUGAAGGAGCCAGCCCCAAGGGCCACUGCUUUGCCACAAGGCAGUGCCAGCCAAGAGCAGGUUUGACCCAUGCUCCGGCAGAAAGCCUGGAGGAGUGCUGCACCCGGGCCUGGGGGCACAGUUGGCGGGACGACAGCUCCCAGGCCUGUGUCCCCUGCUCUGGCCAGUCCUCCUCAGGCAGCGCCCCUACCCUGGCCCCUCUGCAGCCACUGGCAGGGGCCGUGGGCCAGCUCUGGAGCCGUCACCAACGUCCCUCAGCCACCUGUGCCACCCGGUCUGGCUUCCACUAUCGAACCUUUGACGGGCGUCACUUCCAUUUCCUGGGCCGCUGCGGCUACUCCAGCUGGGCUGUCCACCGGCUGCCCAGGGAGCACUGCCCCCAGCCUGGGCACUGCCAGCUGGUCCGGGUGACAAUGGGGCUGGAUGAGGCACUGAUCCAGGGUCCUAACGUCUCUGUGAAUGGGGUACCUGUCCUUAACAAGGAACCCUGGCUGCUCCGUGGAAUGAGUCUGCAGUGGCAGGGGGACUGGCUGGUGCUGUCAGGGGACCUGGGGGCCAUCAUGAGGCUGGAUGGGGCUGGCUCCGUGUCCAUCUCCCUGGACUCUGGGCUCUGGGGGCAGACUCGAGGCCUGUGUGGGCUCUACAAUGACCAGCCUGAGGAUGACUUUUUGGAGCCGAGUGGGGGGCUGGCUGCAUUAGCUGCCACCUUUGGGAAUUCCUGGAGGCUCCCGGACUCUGAGCCUGGGUGCAUGGAUGCGUCAGAGGCUGCAGCGGGCUGCGAAGGGCCCCUGGGAGGCAUGGAGGAAGUGGCCCAGCUGCGGGCUGAGGCCCAGGAUGUGUGCCACCCUCUGCUGGGCAGUCCAUUCAGGGAGUGCCACAUCCAGGUGGCCCCCACUGGAUACCAUGAGGCUAGUCUCUUCGCCUACUCCUUGGAGGCAGCAGGUGGCAGGCAGGCAGGGCGGCAGGAGGCUGUGUGUGCCACCCUGUCCAGCUAUGCCCGGCACUGUGCCCGAGAAGGCAUACACAUCUCCUGGAGGGGCCCCGACUUCUGUGAGCGCCUGUGCCCCGGGGGCCAGCUCUACUCAGACUGUGUGUCGUCCUGCCCGCCCAGCUGCUCAGCAGUGGGCGAGGGCGGGAACGGGUCCUGCCGGGAGGAGUGUGUGAGCGGCUGCGAGUGCCCCGCUGGCCUGUACUGGGACGGCACCCUCUGUGUGCCUCCCGCCCGAUGCCCCUGCUACCACCGGCGCCGGCGCUACACUCCAGGGGACAUCGUGCACCAAUUGUGCAACCCCUGCGUGUGUCAGGAUGGGCGAUGGCACUGCGCCCAGGCCCCAUGCCCGGCUGAGUGCGCCGUGGGCGCGGAUGGACACUAUCUCACCUUUGAUGGGCGGAGCUUCUCCUUCCAGGGCCACAGAGGCUGCCGCUAUGGGCUGGUGCAGGAUGUGAAGGGGCACCUCCUGCUGGAGCUGGAGCACGGGGCCUGUGAGUCCGGCAGCUGCCUCCGUGCCAUCUCGGCCUCGCUGGGAGGGGCCCACAUCCAGCUCAGGGACUCAGGCGCUGUCCUGGUGGAUGGGCAGGAGGUGGCUAUACCCUGGCACGGUGCUGGGGGCCUCAGGGUCUCCAGGGCCUCCUCGAACUUCCUACUGCUGCGCGGGCUGGGGGCCCAAGUCCUCUGGGGGGUGUCCGAUCCAGCGGCCUACAUCACGCUGGAGCCCCACUAUGCCCUCCAGACACAAGGUCUAUGUGGCACCUUCACCUGGAACCAGCAGGACGACUUCUUGACCCCUGCUGGAGACGUGGAGACCAACAUUGCUGCCUUCACCAGCAAGUUCCAGGUGGCAGGCGUGGAGAGGUGUCCCCCAGUGGACGCAGCCCUGCCGCACCCCUGCAGCAUCCACACACAGCGCCGCCCCUUCGCAGAGGCAGCCUGUGCUGUCCUGCACAGCCCAGCCUUCCAGGAAUGCCACAGGCUGGUGGACAGGGAGCCAUACUGGCUGCGUUGCCUCGCGACUGUGUGCAGCUGUGCUCCCGGUGGGGACUGCCUGUGCCCCCUGCUCUCAGCCUAUGCUCGCAGAUGUGCCCUGGAGGGCGCCCCACAGGCCUGGAGGAGCCAGACCCUCUGCCCUGUCACGUGUCCUGGUGGCCAGGAGCACCAGGAGUGUGCCCCAGCAUGUGGCCGAAACUGCGGGGAGCCCGAAGACUCUGCAGGGCUGGGUGGCUGUGUGUCUGGGUGUAACUGCCCACCAGGGCUACUGUGGGACCCCGCGGGCCAGUGUGUUCCCCCCAGCCUGUGCCCCUGCCAGCUUGGAGCCCACCGCUAUGCCCCUGGCAGCACCACCAUGAAGGACUGCAGCCACUGCACCUGCCAGGAAAGAGGUCUCUGGAACUGCACAUCUGGAAGCUGCCCCUCACAACAAGCAUUCUGUCCCCGUGGGCUUGUUCACAUCCCCGGCGCCUGCCUGCUCACCUGUGACAGCCCCGGUGCCAACCACACCUGCCCUAUGGGCAGCAACCAGGGCUGCGUCUGCCCCCCUGGCACAGUGCUACUGGAUGAACGAUGUGUACCCACUGAGCACUGCCCCUGCCACCAUGGUGGGCGGUGGUACCCACCCAAUGCCACCAUCCAGGAAGACUGCAACAUCUGCGUGUGCCAGGGCCAGAGAUGGCACUGCACGGGGCAUCGGUGUGGGGGACGCUGCCAGGCCUCAGGCGCCCCUCACUAUGUGACAUUCGAUGGGCUGGCGUUGACCUUUCCUGGGGCCUGCGAGUACCUGCUUGUGCGGGAGGUCACUGGCCGGUUCUCUGUGUCGGCCCAGAAUCUGCCCUGUGGGGCUAGUGGCCUCACCUGCACCAAGGCUCUGAGCCUACAGCUGGAGGGCACCGUCGUGCACUUGCUCCGAGGUCGGGCUGUGAUGGUGAACGGGGUGCCCAUCUCACCCCCCAAAGUUUACACAGGGCCCGGACUGAGCCUGCACCAUGCUGGCCUCUUUCUGGUGCUCAGUACGCGAUUAGGCCUCAGCCCGCUCUGGGAUGGAGGCACCCGGGUGCUGGUGCACCUGCCACCCCAGUUUCGAGGUCGCGUGGCAGGGGUGUGUGGAGACUUCGAUGGAGACGCUAGCAAUGACCGGAGGAGUCGUCAGGGAGUCCUGGAGCCCACAGCGGAGCUGGCCGCCCAUUCCUGGCGUCUCCAGGCCCUGUGCCCCGAGCCCGGGGACCUGCCGCACCCCUGCACCGUGAACGCUCACCGGGCCAGCUGGGCCCGGGCCCGCUGCGGGGUGCUGCUACAGGCUCUCUUCGCCUCGUGCCACGCGGAGGUGCCCCCACAGACGCACUACGAGCGCUGCGUGUACGACGCCUGCGGCUGCGACUCUGGGGGCGACUGUGAGUGUCUCUGCUCAGCCAUUGCCACCUAUGCGGAUGAGUGCGCUCGGCACGGACACCGCUUGCGCUGGCGCAGCCAGGAGCUCUGCCCCCUGCAGUGCGAAGGGGGCCAGCUGUAUGACGCCUGUGGCCCCACGUGUCCCCCCACCUGCCGUGACCAGGCUCCUGAACCCGGGUGGCAGUGCCAAGUGGCCGCCUGCCUGGAGGGCUGCUUCUGCCCCGAGGGGACUCUGCUGCAUGGGAGCACCUGCCUGGAGCCUGCCUCCUGCCCCUGCGAGUGGGAAGGCCACUUCUUCCCGCCCGGCGCCGUGCUGCAGAAGCAAUGCGGGAACUGCACGUGCCAGGACGGUCGGUGGUCCUGCGGGGGUGGCAGUCCCUACUGUGAGGAGCCCGUGCCUGGCUGUGCGGAAGGAGAGGUCCCAUGCCAGGAGAGUGCGCACUGUGUACCCCACGGAUGGCUCUGUGACAACCAAAACGACUGUGCGGACGGCUCAGAUGAGGAGGGCUGUGCCACUCCAGGCUGCGAGGAGGGGCAGUUCUCCUGCGGCUCUGGCAGGUGCCUGCCUGGGGCACUGCGCUGUGACCGGCAGGAAGACUGUGCCGAUGGCUCAGAUGAACAUGGCUGCCCAUGCCCCCCGGACUCGCUGGCCUGUGCUGAUGGGCAGUGCCUACCCUGGGCACUGCUCUGUGAUGGGCACCCCGACUGUCCGGACGCCGCUGACGAGGACUCGUGUCCAGGGCAGCCGAGUUGCACCUCCGGGGAGGUGCCCUGCGGGGACGACAGCUGCGUGGGUGCUUUCCAACUGUGUGACGGGGUCUGGGACUGCCCGGACGGAGCGGACGAAGGGCCGGGGCACUGCCCCCUGCCCGCUCUGCCCACGGCCCCCGCUGACUCCCUGGAGACUGAGCCGACUGCCCCUCGCAGUGUUGGUGGACUUGGUGAGUCCCCGCAGGCCCCGCGCAGGGCCUGAGCGAGGUCCGCUACAGCACCGCCCUGCAGCCUGGUCGAGUUUGCCUGCGGAAGCGGGGAGUGCGUCCCGCGGGGUUGGCGCUGUGACCAAGACGAGGACUGUGAGGAUGGCAGCGACCAGCGCGGUUGCGGCUCCACCCCAUGGAGCGCCCUCCCUGUCCGCAGCCCCGCCCUCUUUCAGGCCCCGCCCCAACGGAGCUUCCGCCCCGCCCCUUCUCAGCCCCGCCUCGCGGAGCGCUUUCUCAGCCUGCAGCCCAGCCCUCUCUCAGCCCCGUCCCACGUGGACUGCCCGGGCUCCUCGGAGCCCCUGAGUCGUCCCCGCUCCAAAUCUUCUGGGCACAGAGCUGUCCCCAAGGGUCUGUGGCCCCAGCUCCUCUGCCCAGGCCUGCCUGAACUCCCUGGGUCCCUCAAAGAUUUCCUCUGCAAGCUCCUCAGCCCGUAUGAGCUGUGCCUGCCCCCAGACCUGCUUUGUGAUGGGACCCAAGACUGUCCCCAGGGCGAGGACGAGCUGGGCUGUGAGGGGCUGUCCGCCCCUGGAGGCCCUAACGGGACAGGGAUCCCCUGCCCGGAGUACUCCUGCCCCAAUGGUGCCUGCAUCGGAUUCCAGCUGGUGUGUGAUGGGCGGCCAGACUGUGAGUCAGCAGGGGGCACAGGGCCUUCCCCAGAGGAGCAGGGCUGUGGGGCCUGGAGCCCCUGGAGCCCAUGGACAUCGUGCAGCCGGACCUGUGGGCCUGGGGUGCAGGGUCGUAGCCGCCACUGCUCCCCUGCCAGCUCCCUGGUGCUGCAACACUGCCCUGGCCCAGAGCACCAGUCGCAGACCUGCUUCUCUACAGCCUGCCCAGUGGAUGGGGAGUGGAGCCCCUGGUCAGCCUGGUCCCCCUGCCUCAAGCCCUGUGGAGGCACCACAACAAGGCAUCAAAGGUGCCACCCACCCCAGAACGGGGGCCGGAGCUGUACCUCACUGCCUGGGAGCUCUCAGGGCACUCGCCAGACCAAACCUUGUGCUCAGGAUGGUUGUCCCAAUGCCACCUGCUCUGGUGAGCUGGUGUUCUGGCCCUGUGCCCCCUGCCCUGUGACAUGCGAUGACAUCUCCAACCAGGCUCAGUGUCCUUCUGAGCGGCCCUGCAGUCCAGGCUGCUGGUGCCCCAAGGGGCAGGUGCUGGGCGUCGAGGGGGAGUGUGUGUGGCCCUGGCACUGUCCCUGCCUUGUGGAUGGUGCCCGCUACUGGCCUGGCCAGCGCAUCAGUGCCAACUGCCAGGUCUGUGUCUGCCAAGAUGGACAGCCCUGGCGCUGCCGGCCCCACCCAGACUGCACCGUGGACUGUGGCUGGUCGGCCUGGUCCCCGUGGGCCGAGUGCCUGGGCCCUUGUGGGAGCCACAGUGUCCAGUGGUCCUUCUGGAGCCCCAGCAAUCCCCGCUCUUCCGGCCAUGGCAGGCAGUGCAGGGGAAUCCACCGCGAGGCUCGCAGGUGCCAGACGGAACCCUGUGCAGAGUGCGAGUGGCAGGGCCGGGCCCUCCGAGCAGGGCAGCGGUGGCGCGGGGGCCCCUGCGAGGUGUGCAGGUGUCUGCACAACCACACUGUGGACUGCUCCCCCUACUGCCCGCUGGGCGGCUGCCCCCAGGGCUGGGUCCUGGUGGAGGGGGUAGGAACAGCGUGUUGUCACUGCAUACUGCUGGGAGAGAACCAGACAGCCCACCCCAUGGCCACUCUGGCUCCUGCUCCUACCCCCAGCCCCCAGAUUGGACCCCCUCUGGCCACCUAUCUUCUGCCUCCAUCAGGAGACCCCUGCUACUCUCCUCUGGGACUGACUGGGACCCUACAUGCCGAGACCCAGCAGUCGGAGCACCUGGCCCGGGCUGCCUUCCUGGGGGCCCCCACCGAGGGGAUCCCUGGGCAGGCCCACCCUGGGCCAUACACCCCACCCCCUUUCCUGCAGCUGGACCUGCACCAGCCCCAGAACCUGACCGGUGUCCUCGUGCAGGGGCCGAGAGUUGUUGCCCAGGACAGCCUCAGCUUCUCACUGCAGUUCAGUGGCCAUGGCCUCCGCUGGCAUGAGGACCGUGAGGUUCUGUUUGGCCCCCUGCUCCCUCCCCAGGCCUCCCCUGGGCGCUGGGACAGGCUGAGCCCCACAGUGUGGGCCUUUAGCCGGAUGGUGCAGGCGCAGCACGUGCGGGUCCGACUCCAGAAGCCCCAUGACAGUGUCUCUCUGCGGGUGGAGCUGCUGGGCUGUGAACCAGCAUCCCCACCGAUGGUGCCUCUGUGCCUGGGAGCUGUGCCACGCUGUGCCAGUGGUGAGCAUGCCUCGAGCGGGGCCAUGUGCGAUGGUGCUGAGGACUGUGCCGAUGGCUCAGAUGAAGAGGGCUGUGGGCCUCUGCCUACCGGUGCCAACAGGGUGCACCCCACAGUGAGGAGCCCGGGUCCCUCCUCCACCCAGCCCGGGCCACUGGUCACCCAGCCCUUGGAGCCUGAAGCCAGGACCCUUCAACCAGGAAUUGUAGUGGUGCCCACAGGCUCAAGUGUUCAUCUGGAGCCCUUUCCGCCCACGCAGUGUGGCCCCGGGCAGGUGGGCUGCUCGGUGCUGGGCUGCGUGGAGCCAGAGCAGCUGUGUGACGGACAGGAGGACUGUCUGGAUGGCUCUGACGAGCAUCACUGUGCAAGCCUCGGGUCGUUCCCGGUGUCCACAGUGGCCCUGCUUGGGUUGCCGGCGACCUGCUCCCCACAGCAGCUGCGCUGUGGCAGUGGGGAGUGCCUUCCUGCCUCACGGCGCUGUGACUUGCAGCCCGACUGCCAGGAUAGCUCCGAUGAACAUGGCUGCGUGGACUGUGUGCUGGCGCCCUGGUCUGGCUGGAGUGGCUGCAGCCGCAGCUGUGGACCUGGUCUUGCCGUGCAGCACCGCCAGCUGCUGCGGGCCCCCCUUCCUGGGGGCAGCUGCCGAGUUGACCGUGUCCAGAGUCGGUCCUGCUUCCUCCGGGCUUGCCCAGUGGCUGGGGCAUGGUCUGUGUGGGAGGCCUGGGGGCCCUGCAGUGUUUCCUGUGGGGGUGGUCAUCAGAGUUGAAGGAGGAGCUGUGAGGACCCCCCACCCAAGAACAGUGGUGCCCCCUGCUCAGGGGCCUCCCAGGAGAGGGUACUCUGCAACCUGCAAGCCUGUGGAGGAGGCUUCGACUGUGGGCCAGGCCGUGUGCACGUAAAUGCUGAGCUGUGCCAGGAGGGCCUGGUGGCCCUGUGCCCACCCUCCUGCCUAGACCUAGAGGCCAACAGCAGCUGCAGUGGGCGCUGUCUGGAGGGAUGCCGCUGCCCACCGGGGCUGUUCCUGCAUGAUGCCAGCUGCCUGCCCCUCUCCCAGUGCCCCUGCCUCGUCGGGGAGGAGCUGACCCCGGGCGAGCUCAUUCUUCUGGACAACUGCAGCCAGUGAGUCUGUGAGGAGGGGGCUCUUCGGUAUGAAUCUGGGGGCUGUCCUGUGCCCUGUGGCUGGUCAGCCUGGUCCCCCUGGGGUCCCUGCGACCGUUCUUGUGGCUCUGGAGUGAGGGCCAGGUUCAGGUCUCCCUCCAACCCUCCAGCCACUGCCGGGGGUGCCCCGUGCGAAGGGCACUGGCAGGAGCUGCAGGCCUGCUACACGGGGUGUGGGACAGAGGUGCCAGGCUGGACGCCCUGGAUGGCAUGGUCGCCCUGCAGUCUUAGCUGCCUUAGUCCUGGCAGGGGGCCGGGCUGGCGACAUCGUUCUCGACUCUGCCCCAGUCUCCAGCCCACAUUCUGCCCAGGAGAGGGCACCCAGGAGGAGCCCUGCAGUGCCCCUGUGUGUCCAGUGCCGAGCACUUGGGGCCCGUGGGCUCCCUGGUCCUCCUGCUUAGUCUCCUGUGGUGGAGGCAUCCAGACACGUGGACGCAGCUGCUCUGGGCCAGCUGUGGGAGACCUCGAGUGCCCAGGACCCCACAGCCAGACGAGGGACUGCAACACAGAGCCCUGCACAGCCCAAUGCCAGGGGGACAUGGUGUUCCGCUCGGAGGAGCAAUGCCUCCAGGAGGGCGGGCUGUGCCCUCGGCUGUGCGUGGCGCAGAGCCCGGGAGUGGAGUGCUCAGGUUCCUGUGCCCCCGGCUGCACCUGCCCCCCUGGCCUCUUCCUGCACGAUGCGCAAUGCCUGCCCCUCAGCCAGUGUCCCUGCCAGCGGCAUGGGCGCCUCUACCCGCCCGGAGCGGUGGCUCAAUUGGACCACUGCAACAACUGCACCUGUAUCUCUGGCAAGAUGGAGUGCACUUCUGAGCCCUGCCCAGUGGCCUGUGGCUGGAGCCCCUGGAGCCCGUGGACUGCCUGCAGCCGAAGCUGCAACGUGGGCAUUAGGCGGCGCUUCCGAGCACGCACUGCCCCGCCAGCUGCCUUCGGGGGUGCUGAGUGCCAGGGCCCCGACAUGGAGGCUGAGUUCUGCAGCCUGUGGCCCUGUCGGGGGCCCGGUAGGGAGUGGGGACCCUGGUCUCCGUGCUCCGUGCCCUGCGGCGGUGGCUACAGGAAUCGCACCCGAGGAGGUGGCGCCCACAGCUCUGUUGAUUUCUCGACCUGUGGCCUGCAGCCCUGUGCAGGGCCAGUGCCUGGUGUCUGUACUGGGGACCAGAAGUGGCUGGACUGUGCCUUGGGUCCUGCCUCCUGUGCAGAACUGAGUACCCCCGGAGGGGCUAAUGGGACCUGCCGCCCUGGCUGCUACUGCCCACCAGGGACACUCUUGUUGAACAACGUGUGCGUGCCCACCCGCGACUGCCCCUGUGCCCGUGAGGGGCGCCUGCAUGCGCCGGGCAGCACCGUGGUCCUCCGCUGUGAGAACUGCUCCUGCGUGUCUGGGAUGAUCACCAACUGCACCUCAAGGCCCUGCGCGGAGGCGCCGCCUGCGUGGUCGCCGUGGACCCCCUGGAGCGAGUGCUCCGCGUCCUGCGGUCCUGCCCGGCGCCACCGGCACCGCUUCUGCCCGCGAGUCCCCAGCGCGGCGACGUCCCCGGCCCCGAGCCCGCCAGCCCCUCUCUGCCCCGGCCCAGCCUCUACCUCUUCUCUGUGCCCACCAGGAGCUGGGGGCUGGGGUCCAUGGGGCCUGUGGACCCGCUGCAGCCGGAGCUGUGGUGGAGGCCUGCGGAGCCGGGUCCGCGCCUGCGACCAACCUCCGCCACAGGGCCUGGGGGACCACUGCGAGGGGCCUGGGGUCCAGGCGAAAGCCUGCCGAGCCCUGCCAUGCCCAGUGACCAACUGCACCGCCAUCGAAGGGGCCGAGUACAGCCCCUGUGGCCCGCCUUGUCCUCGUUCCUGUGACGACCUGGCGCUCUGUGUGUGGCGUUGCCAGCCAGGCUGUUACUGCCCUCCGGGGCAGGUGUUGAGUUUGGAUGGGGAUGCCUGUGUGCGGCCAGGCCACUGUGGCUGCCUGGACCUGCUGACGGGGGAUCGGUACCGGCCUGGUUCGCAGCUUGCCCGGCCUGAUGGUUGCCACUACUGCACCUGCUUGGAGGGGAGGCUGAACUGCACAGAUGUGCCCUGCCCGGUGCCUGGGGCCUGGUGCCCGUGGUUGGAGUGGACACCAUGCUCACUGCCCUGCCGAGGCCAGAGGAGGGCCCGCUCCAGGGGCUGCGCCUGCCCCUCCCCUCAGCAUGGAGGGGCCCCGUGCCCUGGGGAGGCAGGGGCCCAACAACAGCAGGAGGCCUGCCCCAGCCCUGAGCCCUGCCCAGAGGAUGGAGCCUGGAGCCUCUGGGGGUCUUGGUCACCCUGUGAUGUGUGCCUGGGGCAGUCCUACCGGAGCCGGGCAUGUGUCCAGUCCCUUAGCCCCGGAGGAGGCAGACCCUGUCCUGGGGCCCACAGGCAGAGCCGUCCCUGUCAGGAUGGUUCUUCACAGUGCACAGACUGCCAGGGUGGUCAGGGCCUUGUCCCCUGUGGGCGGCCUUGUCCCCGCUCCUGCCAGGACCUGUCCCUGGGGAGUGAGUGCCAGCCAGACUCCAGCAGCUGCAAGCCUGGCUGUGGGUGCCCCCCAGGGCAGCUGGCCCAGGACGGGCUCUGUGUGCUCCCUGCCCUCUGCCGCUGUCAGUACCAGCCUGGAGCCGUGGGUAUCCCUGUGAACCAGAGCCGGUGGGCAGAGCCGACCUUCAGUUCCUGGGAAAGCCUGGAGCCCGGAGAGGUGCUAACUGGGCCGUGUGAUACCUGCACCUGUGUGGCCGGCAUCCUGCAGUGCCAGGAGGUGCCCAGCUGCCCUGGCCCUGGAGCAUGGGAUGCCUAGGGCCCCUGGGAGGUCUGCAGUGCGUCAUGUGGCGGUGGUGAGCAACUCCGGGCCAGGCGGUGUGCCCGCCCACCCUGCCCAGGGCCUGCCCGUCAGACCCGCACCUGCCAUACCCAGGUGUGCAAAGAGGCCGGGUGUCCAGCUGGGCGUCUGUACCGGGAGUGCAGACCUGGAGAGGGCUGUCCCUUCUCCUGUGCCCACGUCACACAGCAAAUGGGCUGCUACUCAGAGGGCUGUGAAGAGGGGUGUCACUGCCCCUGGGACACCUUUCAGCACCGCUUGGCCUGUGUGCAGGAGUGUCCCUGUGUAUUGACUGCACUGCUGCUGCAGGCACUGGUGACCUCCAGCCCCGACCCUGGGGCUUGGCCACCCGUUUUGGGAGAGGGGGGUCAACCUUUGGGGCCUGGAGAUGAGAUGAGCUCGGGGCAGACCGUUCAAGCAGGUUGCAGUAACUGCUCCUGUGCACACGGGAAGCUGGCCUGCUCCCAGGAGGACUGUGCUGUGGUUGGUGGCUUCGGCCCCUGGAGCACUUGGGGCCCCUGCUCACGCUCCUGUGGGGCACCAGGGAUUCGCAGCCGCAGCCGCCCAUGUGUGAGCCCUGCACCCUCCCUUGGUGAUCAGGCCUGCCUGGGGCCGCACCAGGACCAUGAGCCCUGCUCCAGCCCAGACUGCCUGGGUGCUGAAGGGUCCAUGGUGGAGCCAGUGACAAGUCUCGCAGGCUCCUGGGGUCCGUGGGCCCCGAGGGCCCCCUGCUCCCGCAGCUGCACCGACCCCGCCCGCCCUGCUUGGCGCCACCGCUCCCGUCUGUGCUUGGCCAACUGCACCAGCGCGGAGACCACCCAAGAGAGGCCAUGCAACCUGCCCACCUGCACAGGUAGGUGCCCCAGCCCACGCUUGUGCCCAGGCCCCGGCUGCGUAGGCGGGAACUGCUCCUGGACGACCUGGGCUUCCUGGGAGCCCUGCUCUCGCAGCUGCGGGGCGGGCCAGCAGCGCCGCCUGCGGGCGUACCGGCCUCCAGGGCCCGGCGGGCACUGGUGCCCAGACAUUCUCUCGGCCUAUCAGGAGCGCCGCUUCUGUAACUUGGGCGCUUGCCCAGCGUCUGGGGGCUGGUCCCGUUGGAGCCCCUGGUCCUGGUGUGACCGGAGCUGCGGAGGGGGGCGAUCCCUGAGGAACCGCGUUUGCUCUAGCUCUCCGCCCAAGAAUGGGGGUGCUUCCUGUGUUGGGGAGCGGCACCACACUCGCCCCUGCAACGCCAUGCCCUGUGGUACGCAGGGGGGCCGCCCAGCCGGCAUGGAGCUGAUCAACUGUGCCAACCACUGCCCUCGCCAAUGCUCUGACCUCCAGGAAGGGGCUGUGUGCCAAGAUGAUGAGACUUGCCAGCAAGGCUGCCGCUGCCCUGAGGGGUCCCUGGAGCAGGGUGGUGGCUGUGUCCCCAUCGGGCACUGCGAGUGCACAGAUGUGCAGGGGCGCACCUGGGCCCCAGACAGCCAGCACCAGGAGGCCUGUAGCAACUGUACAUGCCAGGGAGGUAGGCUCUCCUGUAUAGCCCGGGCCUGUCCGCCACCCACCCACUGCUCCUGGAGCCCUGACAGUGGGCAGGGGCAGGACCCAGAGCGGGAGGCCAAGCCGGGGCCACAGCUUCGGGAGCAGAGCCCCCAUGGCCCCCAGGAGCAGGCCUCAGGCAGCCCUGCCCAGGGCUGCCACCCGCAGGGCUGGCUCUGGGAAUCUGGGCCUGAGCAAGGUGUUCCCCAGGGACGAGCAGCCAGGGUUGAGCAGGCCCGGGAGCCUGACGUGGAGGACCUGUUGGCCAAGCAGAAAGAUGGGGACCCUCGGCUCUGCACUGCACCCCUCAGCCAGCAGCGCCUCUGCCCUGACCCUCGAGCCUGCCAGGGCUUCCGGCUGCGCUGGAGAGAGGCAGGGGGUGCCCCUGGGGGAGGCUGCCGGGGGCCCUGGGCUCAGACUGAGGGGUGCAACCUGGCCCCCUGUCCAGGGGUGAGCUGUGCAGCCUGGGGUGCCGAGUUCAGUCUGGACUGUGCCACCUGGUGCCCACGGAGCUGUGCUGACCUCUGGGGCCGAGUGCAGUACCUGCAGGGGCCCUGCCGCCCAGGUUGCCGCUGCCCCCCGGGCCAGCUGAUUCAGGACGGGCGUUGUGUGCCCAUCCCCUCCUGCCGCCGUGGCCUCCCCAGCCACAGUGCCUCUCGGGAGCUGUCCCCGGGCGAGGUCCUGCAGCUGGACUGCCAAAACUGCACCUGCAUCAGUGGGUCACUGGCAUGCUUACACCAGGAGUGCCCUGUCCUUGGUCCCUGGUCAGCCUGGAGUAACUGCUCUGUGCCCUGUGGUGGGGGCACUGCAGAGCGGCACCGGAGCUGCAAGGAGGGCCCCUGGGGGACACUCUGCCUGGCCCAAGACAUGGCGCAGCGGCAGGAAUGUAACCUUUGGCCCUGCCCCAAAUGCUCCCCAGGGGAGGUAUGGCAGACAGCAGCCUCCGGCGAGCUCAGUCCCUGUGAGCCAAUGUGUCAGGAGGUGAAUGCCACAGAGGUUCCAAGGGGCAACUGCAGCGUGGGGCAGGCAGGCUGCGUGUGCCAGCGUGGGUGCUUCCGUAGCCAGGCAGGGCCAUGUGUCCCUGAAGAUGGCUGUGAGUGCUGGCACCACAGGCGUCCUCACCGGCCUGGAUCUGAGUGGCAGGAGCCCUGUGAGACCUGCCGCUGCCUGUCUGGGAGAAGCGUCUGUGCCCAGCACUGCCCCCUGCUCACCUGUGCUCAGGGUGAGGUGAAAGCCCAGGAGCCAGGGAGCUGCUGCCCCAUUUGCCAACAACCAACACUGGAGGGGCCCACAGCCUCCUGUCAGCGCCUCACAGAGCUUCGGAACCUCACCAAGGGCCCCUGCCACCUGGACCAGGUGGAGGUGAGCUACUGCAGUGGGCACUGCCCAUCCAGCACCAAUGUCAUCCCUGAGGAGCCCUACCUGCAGAGCCAGUGUGAGUGCUGUAGCUGCCGCCUGGACCCUGACAGCCCCGUGCGUGUUCUGGACCUGCGCUGUCCAGGGGGCCGUACAGAGCCCGCUGUGCUGCCGGCCAUCCUCAGCUGCCACUGCAGCGCCUGCCCAGGAGGUGAUGUCUCAAAGCGCUGA